AUGGCAUCUUCUUCAGCACCUUCCACUGAGGAAAUUCACCAACCUCAAGGACUCUCACUUUCUGAUUCAGACUUAGUCACAUCUCUUGAAUUCCUUUCCUUCAUGAAAACUGAUCAGAUCAUACCAUUCAAAAGCAUCAAUGAUGUGAUUAUCCCAGCUUUGCUCAAUAGUCUGUCCAAAGGCAAGCACAACAGCCACAAAGAUAUCGCUCCUGUGCAACAGCUGUUUGACAAAAUCCAGGGAGAUCUUGUUGACAUCAAUGGAACCUUCAAGAGACUCAAAGAAUGGGAAGAUCGUUGUAACAAGCUUACGAAAAGCUUAAUUCUCUACGACUGGGAAGGUUUCUGCAGUGCUGAAAGAACAAAACCAUCUGAGGUUUUACAGAACGAACUCUCUGAUAUUGACAAGAUGGUCUCAGAUUUGAAAGUCCAUACUUUCUCAGCUCAAUCUUCCAAUUCUAGCCCCUUCUCCCCCGACUCCACCUCCAACUCCAACCUUUCAAUACCCCGUAAUGAAAUCCCAAAACCAAGAUUGAGUGAAAAUUUCUCCAACACUGCCUUCUUUAUUGAUUUCCAAGCACGUUAUGAUAGCUUAAAUUUGGAACAGCGACAGUGUUUGUUGUAUUUCUCGAUCUUCCCGGAAAGUUCUCUCAUCAGGAAGAAGGUCCAGACUUACUUGUGGAUUGGAGAGGGACUCAUAGAUUCCCCAACUACAGCUGAUGGGUUAUUUGAAGAGUUAAUUACAAAACGCUUCAUUGAACCUGUUGAAGAAAAGAACAUUGGGGACUUCAAAUCUUGCAAGAUAAAUCCACUUAUUCGUUCAGCGUUGAUUACACUUGCCCAGAAUGCUGACUUCUCUGAUUUUGAUUCUGACGAUAACCCCACUAUCAACUUCACCAGGUCUUGCAGAGCAUGCUUGCUAAAAGAAGGAUCUUUGCCGCAACUAUCCACGUACGCAAAUCAUGAGAACUUGAAAGUGUUGUUCAAUGUCCAUGUGAGUUACCUAGACUUUCCAAGCGAGCUGUUUUCGAAGAUGAAGAACAUUGUUGUUCUUCAUCUGGGAAAUUGGAGUUGCUCUGGAGACAAUAUCAUCGAAGCAGCAGAUGCAACAUUCCUAGAAGGCUUAAGCGACACGAGACUUCUCAAGUGUUUAAGCCUCAAUGGGAUCUCGGGAAUCACAGAGCUUCCAGGUUCCAUUUGCAAGCUCAACAGCGAUCUGUUGAUCCUGGACCUGAAAGCCUGCUGGAAUUUAGAGAAGCUACCCAAUGAGAUAGGCUCACUCACCAAGCUGACACACUUGGAUAUGUCUGGGUGUCACUUGAUAGACAGCAUGCCCAAGGGACUCGCCUCGCUCUCCAAUCUCCAAGUCCUUAAGGGUUUCGUCAUUGGUGGCCCAAGGACUAAAGGUCAGUGCACACUUGGUGAUUUGGAAAAACUUAACAAGUUGAGGAAACUCAGCCUCUAUGCAGACAGAGAGACUACUGGUGAAAAGGCAGAACUGAACUGCUUGUCAAAGUUCGAAGCAUUGCGCAUACUGACAAUAUCAUGGACUAUAGUUUCUUCCGAACCCAAAUUGGGAAAGGGUGUUGUGCAUAAGAUAUUGGCAAACGCAAAGAAGCACAAUAGGGCAGUCCUGACAGCACAAGAGGCUCCUUCCAGUGCAAAGUCUGGAGAGAGUCAUACAAUUCAGAUGUACACAGCCUUACCAUCGAGUACUAGAAGUGUGACAUCUCGAUCACUUCCUGCUAGCUUAGAGAAAGUGGACCUGAGAUGUUGGCCUUUAUCGAGGAUGCCUAGUUGGAUGAAACCCUGGGAACUCAAAAGCCUAAAGAAACUCUACAUUAGGGGAGGAUCGCUUUCAGAUUUGCAGAUUCUACAACAGGAGGAAUAUGGUCCACCGGAAUGGGCAGUCAAGAUUUUAUGUCUUAAGUUCUUGAGAGCACUAAAGAUGCACUGGCAAGCACUGACCACAAUGUUUCCAAGCUUGGUGUACUUAGAGAAGGUGGAUUGCCCAGAGCUCUUGUCAUUUCCACCUGGGGAGGUGCUGAGGCUGGGUGAAAUCAGAUUUGAAGCAGGUACCAGUAGGUAA